AUGAGCGAUACCUUUGAAACGAACCCAUUCACUUCGAACCCGACCCAAUUCCAAAUACAAUGGAAUAAUAACAGUCGGCUGUCCUUGGAGGGAGACGCAUCUGCGCAGGAUCCCGAACCUGGCACCAACGCCGUGGUAGUCCAGCCUUACGAGAUUGAGGAACCGGACGAUGACCCCAGCGAAAUAACUUCUUCGACGACGGGCCCUGUCAGAAAAGGUCAAUCCGACCUUGUUGGCUCAUUGGAGGAUCUUCACUGUGAUUCGGACAACACAAAUCCACGGCUUGUCCAUCGAGCGAAAAGAGGCAGAAAGAGGAAGCCGAACACCACCGUCGCAGGGCCCUCUGGCACACCCCGCCACGAUCAUACUGGAAUGAUCGAUGCGCAAUAUGGGGAAGGGUCACUAAGUCCGAAAAGACAACGCAGGGGAAGCAGCUUGUCUCCUCCCGAACUCAGUGAGGCCGGAUCAAGCGAUAGCUUCACCCCCGAAUCCCCCUUCACUGAUGCAAGCACAACCAGCGCAUCGGAUGUAUUUAAUGCCCCCGAAUUAAUGGAUCUGGAUUGA